AUGGUGGUAGUUCAAGUGAAGCGAUCCGAUACAGACGUUUUUCUGGUGGAAUCCACCAUCACAGAGUCCAACGAUGCUCUCGUUCGAAGGCUGGUUAAGAUAUGGAAUACACGCCUACGGCUGAUGCAGCUCGUGGAAUCUGCUCGAGACAUGGGCAAGUACGGGCCCUCGAAGCCACCAGCAGAACAUGGUCUUGACGAGGUGAAAGAGGAGUACGAAGGGGCGUCCAUCGAUAAAGGGCCGUACUACCACCCAGACCCAACAGGCAAGCGGACCGGAAACGGAGUGGGACCCCAGCUGUGCGAGACCUUGGAAGGCGUCUGUGUCGAUGCGGAGGCCUUGCUGGGGAAGGAGCAAGCGCAGCGUCGGGUAGCCGUGACGCAGGAGGCGCUCGACGAAAAGAUGGACAAUAUUCGCGGGGCUGUCACUAUGGCGUUUCCGAUGGGUCUCCCGGAGUUUGAUCCUGUUCGCCUCACCAUCGAAGGCGGCGAGGGGCUAGAGGGGACUCAGGCGGGUACCGAGAUUCUGGACGAGGAGACCGCGGGGCUUUGGAUGGCCGGUAAAGAGUUUCGCCGGGAUCAGUUGGUGGGAGACCGUGUCGGAAAGAACGAAAAGACUCGGAUCAUGUGCAAGCUGCAGAAGCCCGGCUCGGGACCGCCUGGCCGAGAGCCCGGGGUCAGUGAGGACGAGCGCAAAGCAAUGAUGGCGUUUUACUUCAAGAGGCAGGAGGAACUCAAGAGACUGGCCGAGGCCAAUGACGACGACUACCUUGCCUCUGCAUGGGCGGACCCGAAACAGCUGCAGCGGUCUCUGCGAGGCACCGGCACCGUGCGGGCCCCCGGCGUUUGAUGAUAACCGCAAAGCGUAUGGUGCAAGUCGAGAAUGUCUCAAGCCACCCUCAUCUUGUUGUAGUCGAAGUUUUCU